GUUGUCAUGGGCGUUCGCGGAGUGGCACGCGAGACGCCGGCGUGCGUGAACCCGUGAGCUCCGCGACUUCGGCCACCCCCCCCCCCCGCUCAGCGCGAGCAGUUUGCUUACCCGGUGCGGUCGCCUGGUUACAAAAUUGCACCAUCCGAGUAACAAGCAACAGCAGACCCCUCUUCCCAGACUAAGAAAUUGUGCUUCCCCCCCCACACCUCUUACCGACAGGCCGUACAGGUUGCGCGCUGUGCCGCCGGUGUGAUGCAUGGUACCAGGGGGAUUCUCAGUGACUGAGUUCAUAGUCGUUGAAGUGGCGUGGUUUCGUGGGGAUGCGCGUCGGGGCAUCAUAGGUGCAAGAGGGCUGUGCGUGCAGGUGUUGGUGUGGGGAGUAGCGGCCGCUAGUGGCUGGCCAGGUGGACCACCUCUCCCCCACCUCCCGGGUAGGAGGGGAAGAGCAGGAGAAGAAAGAGGAGGAGGAGGUGGUGGUGGUGAGGGUCUCCGCCAUGCAGCCAGACACCACGUACACCAAGAUCUUCGUCGGGGGCCUGCCCUACCACACCACGGACGCGUCCCUGCGCAAGUUCUUCGAGGCGUUCGGAGAAAUCGACGAGGCCGUGGUGAUCACGGACCGGCAGACGGGCAAGUCGAGAGGAUAUGGAUUCGUAACCAUGGCUGACCGUGGCGCUGCAGACCGCGCGUGCAAAGAUCCCAACCCGAUCAUCGAUGGUCGCAAAGCCAACGUGAACCUCGCCUACCUGGGCGCCAAGCCACGCAUGCUUCCCCCAGGUUUUGCCCUGGGAAUUCAACACAUCCUGCCUCUUCCGAGGCCGUACGGUCUCCCCGCCCACUACCUCUACCCACAGCAGUUCCUGCCGCCGGGCGUCUUCAUCCAGACGCCCGGCGGCUCCCCCACGGGCGCUCCCCUGAACCCCUUCCUCGGGGUCGACUACUCGGGCGCCCUCUACGCCCAGUACGCCGCCCACGCCGCCGCCGCCGGCACCUUCGAGCAGUCGUACCCCUACGCCGCGUCGCCCGCGCCCGGCGGGUUCGCCCUGCCGCCUCCCCACGGCUACCACCCGCAGCAGCCGCCGCCGGGGAGCUUCGGCGCCCCCGGGGGGUGCCAGCAGCCGCCUCCGUGCCUUUCUGCGGCCGUCUGA